GGCGGUUUGAACCGCCAAAAUUGAUGUCAAAAAUAUAAAAAGCCGCAAAUGUGUAUAGUGAAAUGUAAAUUAAAAUAAUUUUACCUUUUGUAGAUUUACUGUACCUUUUGUAAUUCAAGUAUAGGUACUCUUAGAGUCUUGUCUCUUGUAUUAAAACUCACAAUCAUGAGUGUCAUCUUUCAUUGAAUCAGUGCCCACAUUAUCUUCAUCAGUAGAAUAUUUGAGGACUUAUUUUACACUAGAAAUAGUCAUGAAAAUCGACAGCAAACCCCUACGAUACGCUCAUGCUGAAGGGCAUACAGACGUGUGUUACACAGAGGAUGGAAGGCACAUAAUAACCUGUGGGCAUGAUGGUGAUGUCAGAAUAUGGCUUGAUAUUGAGGACGAUGAUCCAAAUUCCCACUGUGUUGGUGAAAAUGCCCUUGCAGUGUGUUUCAAAGACAGCAGACUGUAUGUGGCUACUGAUAACCAUGCAGUGCAAGCGUACACCUUCCCAGCGUUUGAUAAAGAUGGAAUUAUUACUAGGUUCACUGCACCAGUCACACAGAUUCUAUCAAAACCAAAAAUUGAGGCUUUAGGAUGUACAUCAGAAAACAUGGAAGCAAAAAUCUGCAGUCUUGAAGGAGGUGCCCCCUUAUUUGUGAUGUCAGAGCACAAAGGUCCUGUGCUAAGUAUAGCAAUAUGUCCACACAUGAAAUAUGCUUGCACAGCUUCUGGAGAUGGUGCUAUGAGGGUCUGGGAUAUAGACACACAGAAAGUUGUAAAAGAGGUCACAUGUGUUCCAAAAAUUAACACUUUCUUUGCAGCCAAAGUGUUAUGUCGUAUGGAUUUUGAGCCAUCAGAAGGAAAGCUUCUGGCUUAUCCACAAAACAGAGAGAUAGUUAUUUUGGACUGUGAAAGCUGGAGUCAACGAAUGACAUUUACUCAUAGUACUAUAAAAUGUGCCAUAUCACAAUGCCUGUUCUCCCCAUGUGGGCAGUAUCUAGCUGGAAGUACAGUGGCUGGUCAGAUAGCUGUGUGGGAGGUAGAAUCGGGGACCUGUAUAGGUGUUAUUGAGCACCCCACCUCCCAUAAUGUGUCUGCUAUGGCAUGGAACCCUAAAGGCAAUGGAGUCCUUGUAUACUGUGACGUGGCAGGUCAAUUAGGCAUGUUGGUGAACUGCUACGGCAAAGAAAGUGCCAGGGCUGGUAGUGAUGAUGUUGAAAUGGUUGAAAGAGCUGAAGAUGAUGACAAUGACGAAAUACUAGACAACCUCAUUGAGAACUACGAGAGUGAUGACGACAACGCCAUAUCAUUGGAGAAAAUAAAGAAUGAAACCCUCGGCUUGGUUGACAAAGGCGACUCUCGGCCUACCUCUGCGGCCCCUCCCCCUGCGCCUGCCACCACUCCCCCGCAGCCGCCCUUCCAGCCAUCCGCUACCCCGGUUCAUUUAGAACACAGAUACAUGUGCUGGAACGACGUAGGCAUCGUCCGCUGCCACACUGCAGAUAACGGCGAAUCGAGUAUCGACGUGGAAUUCCAUGACUCUGGCGUCCACCACGGCAUACACCUCAACAACUACCUCAACCACACCAUGGCCAGCUUGUCCUCACAUGUGUUGGCGCUAGCAUGCGAAACGCCCAGUAAACUGGUGUGCAUAUUGUUAGUGGGCAGCAGUAAGGAAUGGAGCGUGUCUAUGCCCGAGACGGAGGAGAUCCUUUGCGUAGUCGCCACUAGUGGCCUGGUCGCUUGUGCUACCAACGCGAGGCUGCUUAGACUCUUCACGCCUUGUGGGACUCAGAGACAGGUGAUCUCGUUAGCCGGUCCGGUCGUAGCUUUGGCGGGUUUCAACACCACCGUGCUCGCGACUUACCAUCACACGGACCCCGGCCUCUCAGACCAACACCUUGCUAUGGAUAUUGUAGCACUUAAUGGACGUCAAGUACGCAGCAAAACAGUCCCUCUGCCCUUGACCCCAGGGUCCAAAUUAUCUUGGAUCGGCACCACAGACGUAGGGUCACCAUGUGCUUACGAUAAUACUGGCACAUUGAGACUGUAUGAUGUGUCUAGCAGUGUGUGGAUGCCGAUAUGUGAUACCACUACACAUUCAAAAGGCGCUUCGGAUUCUUGGUUUAUAGUUUCGAUAAGUGAGCCAACACAGAAGGUGCGAGCGAUCCUGUGCAGGGGGACUUCGUUCCCACUGACGGUUCCCAAACCAAUCGUCGCCGAACUUUCUAUACAGAUUCCCCUUUGUGAAUUGGACACCGAAAAAGCCCAAUACGAGGAACAGUUAGUACGAUGGGCCCACACUACAUCAGAAGUUGACGUGAAGGCAGCUAGAGAAACUGCUCUCAAAUUAUUUGCUCUGGCCUGCCGAAGCGAAAUAGAGCAGAGGGCGCUUGAACUUAUGGAACUACUAAAAGACGACCGUUUGCUUCCUCUUGCGGCCAAAUACGCGUCGCGGUUAGGCCGAAUGCAUUUGGCCGACAAGUUAUCAAAUCUGGCCGAAACGUGGGAAAGAGAUGCCGACAAAUUCAAUAUAGCCCAGAACUCUCACUUCCAAGAACUAGAAACUCAGGAAACAUAUGACGUCGCUAACACUGAACAGGAUCUCAACGAGAGUUUGAUUAUACCGCAAAAAACUAUCAAAAGAAAAAUUGAAAAUGAUACACCUAUUAAACCAAUUCCAAUAAAACCAUCCCCCGGCGGUGCGAGGAAUCCGUUUCGGAAGCAGCAAGAAACAGCAAAGGUUGUCCAGAGUCCGCUAACCUUGACCGAGAGGACGCUUGUUGAGGUGCACGCCACUAAAGACCCAAGCGAUGUGAUUGUGUGUGUAAGUGAUUCUUUGAAGCCACACGAAGGGGAAACAUUCGUAGACUGGUUUUCUCGCAAUAAAUCGUCAUUGGAAAAAGAGAACCCUGAACUUACUCCAUCCGAAUUAACCCGGCAUUGUGUGAGAACAUUCAAAUCACUUCAAAGUAAAAACACAGAAAAUGGACUGAAAAGAAAGCUUAAUGAAAGUAUUGAAGAACCAUCAGUCGUGAACACUCCGAAACAAUCGAAACUUAGUGCCUUCGCGUUUUCUAAGAAAACUUAAGCUUAGUAAUUUAAAUUAUUAAGAAAUCAGGUAUUUAUUUGUCUUUAUUUUUAUGUUACUUUGACUAGCCUGCUUCAAUGCUUUCUUUGAAAUUAUAAAGCAUUAAAACUAAUUGAGUCCAUUUUGAAAAAGAAGUUUGAAGUAGAAUUAUGGUUAUUUAUUGCGGAUUUUGAAUUGUUUAACAUGACUGGUAUGUAAUUCUUACUUUUUGACACAAUUUAUGUUCCUGAACAGAUUUUCAAUAGUCAAGGGUAUUCUGUAGGUAUUCGACGACUGUUGUAGGACUGUAGCAUAUUAGUUUUAAGCAAGUAAUUAAAAUACUAUUUUUGAACAAUUUUAUAUUUCCAAAAAAAUUUGACGAAAAUAUAUAUUAUAUUUUCACAUAAA